UACAAAGGUUUAAGCAUGCCUGCUAGUACACUUCGCCUGGAGCCAACCCUGGAGCAUGCACGCGUCAGCAAUUUGAGAUCUGGUUCUGCAUGGUCCCAGGCCGCCGAGGGCGAGCUGGAGGCGCCCCUGAACGCGGCCCUGGAGGCUGGCUACCGUCACAUCGACACGGCGGCCUCCUACUUCAACGAGGCCCUCAUCGGCAAGGUGCUCAACCAGUGGAUCAGCUCGGGCAGAGUGAAGCGCGAGGACCUGUUCAUUGUCACCAAGCUACCCGCCGCAGGCAUCAAGCCAGGCGGUCCGCAGAAGUGGCUCUCGGCCUCGCUGCAGAAGCUCGGCCUGGACUACGUGGACCUGUACCUGGCGCACGUACCUUUCUGCGCCAAGGAGGACGCGGCCGGCUCCCCGUUCCCCGUGCCGAUGCAGUUCGAGCCCGACACCGACCACGCCGGCAUGUGGAGGGACAUGGAGGCCGAGGUGCUGGCGGGGCGCGCCAAGGCCAUCGGCCUGUCCAACUACAGCAAGCGCCUCAUCCAGAUCGUGCUGGACAACUGCCGCAUCAAGCCCGCCAACCUGCAGGUGGAGCUGCACGUCUACAUGCAGCAGAAGCCGCUCGUCGACUUCUGCCACCAGAACGGCAUCACCGUCUGCGCCUACUUCCCCAUCGGCACGCCUGGCUCCAAGGCGUUUGCGCAGAGCAGCUUCACUCGCGGCAUGAUGAAACUCCCUGACCUGAUCAACGACCCAACCAUCCUGGAAGUGGCCAAGAAGUACAAGAAGACGCCCGGGCAGGUGCUGCUCAAGCACAUCGUGCAGCGCGGCGUCUGCGCCAUCCCCAAGAGCCUGUCCAAGGAACGCAUCGAGCAGAACAUCGCGCUGUUCGACUGGGAGCUGAGCAAGGAGGACACGGCCAAGAUCGACGCGCUGGACAAAGGGAAGGCGGGCCGCAUCCUCAGCUUCUUGUUCUUGGGGAUCCCUGAGUCACACCCUGCGUUUCCUUUCCAGGAUUACCCAUAGGCUGUGCUCACCAGUCGAAAACUCCGUAAAAUUAUGGAAAUUUAACGCAGACUGCACUGUAGCACUGUAAUUCAAAGGGUGAGAUUUGUCACCAAUUUUCGGCGAUAC